GGCAGCGCACGCACAGAUACACACAUACAGGCCUUACCCAUACUUAUCUCCAUCGUUUAGAAGUUUGUCGUUAUUGAAAAUGAUCCAGUGCGUGCGGCUCGUGUUGUAUAUGUCGGUGCUGGUGGCGUACGCCGCCUCCAACGCUCCUGUGGUACCGUUAGACGACAUCUUAAUUGAGAAAACUUUCGUGCCAGAGCAGUGUGUGCGCGCAGUCAAAGAUGGGGAUUAUGUCAGGUAUCAUUACAACGGCAUGUUUCCGGACGGCAAGAAGUUCGACUCGAGUUACGACCGUGGCAGCACCUACAACGUGUUUGUUGGCAAGAAACAGCUGAUCCAAGGGAUGGAUAAAGCUCUGGUGGGAAUGUGUGUCAACGAAAGAAGACUGGUAAAAAUCCCACCACACCUUGCUUAUGGGAAACAGGGAUAUGGUAACAUCAUCCCUCCCGACUCCAUUCUCCAUUUUGACGUCUUGCUGCUCGAUGUAUGGAACUCAGAAGAUGGCGUCCAGAGUAACACCUACCAUACCCCUCUGAUCUGCUCCAGAAAGGUGGAGGUUUCUGACUACGUCCGCUACCACUACAAUGGCACCCUGCUGGACGGAACGCUCUUUGAUUCCAGCCACACCCGCAUGCGCACCUAUGACACUUACGUCGGGAUUGGCUGGCUGAUCGCAGGUAUGGAUCAGGGCCUUCUGGGAAUGUGUGUUGGAGAGAGACGCAUCAUCACUAUGCCACCAUCACUUGGAUACGGAGAGAACGGAGACGGUAGUGACAUCCCAGGUCAGGCGUCUUUGGUGUUUGAUGUUGUACUCCUGGACCUCCACAACCCCAGAGAUGGGAUCACAGUGACCAAUCAGAAAGUGCCUGAGUCCUGCAUGAGGAAGACUGUUGCUGGAGACUUUGUGCGUUACCACUAUAAUGGCAGCCUUCUCGAUGGGACCUUUUUUGAUUCCAGCUACUCUCGUAAUCGUACCUAUGACACCUAUGUGGGUCGAGGCUAUGUGAUCGCUGGCAUGGAUGAGGGUCUGAUUGGAGUCUGCAUUGGAGAGAAACGGACCAUCACCAUCCCCCCACAUCUCGGCUAUGGAGAGGAGGGCACAGGCACUAAGAUCCCAGGUUCAGCUGUUCUGGUGUUUGACGUUGACAUCAUCGACUUCCACAACCCAGAAGAUAACACUGAGAUCACAGUCACUCACAUGCCAGAUGAGUGUAUUAAGCAAACGAAGAAGGGAGACUUUGUCAAAUAUCACUACAAUGCCUCUUUGAUGGACGACACAUCCAUUGACUCUACGUAUAAUUAUGGAAAGACAUACAACAUCGUCCUGGGAGCCAACCAGGUAGUCCCAGGGAUGGAGGAUGGACUGAUGGACAUGUGUGUGGGAGAAAAGAGACACGUUGUUAUACCUCCUCACCUGGGCUAUGGAGAGAGAGGAGUCACUGACGAAGUUCCAGGGAGUGCUGUGCUUAUUUUCGACAUUGAGCUGGUGGAAAUAGAGGAAGGACUUCCUGAGGGCUACAUGUUCAUCUGGAACGAUGAUGUGUCACCUGACCUCUUCACUGAGAUGGACGCUGACAACAACAAGCAGGUGGAGCCCUCUGAGUUCACUGACUACAUCAUACGGCAGGUGAACGAGGGUAAAGGUCGCCUGGCUCCUGGCUUCGAUCCCUAUCGUAUCAUUGACAACAUGUUCUCCAACCAGGACCGUAAUGGAGAUGGGAAGAUUACAGAGAGCGAGUUUAAACUUAAAGCAGAUGAAUCCGCCUCCCAUGACGAGCUAUGACGGGACUAAAAAUAAAACUCAGUUCAGGGUGUAGGGUGAAGGGUCAGACAGUCAGCGAAAAGGGAGGGGGGUUACAGGGAUACAUACUGUAUGUGGGUGGUAGAGUAGAAGAGGAUGGGUUUGUGAUUGUAAAAUAGCAAGUAUGGAGUGGGAAAUGUGCCAAGAGAGAUGAUAGCUUAAGGACAUCUUAUCCUUAAAGUAUCAAAGUGCUGGAUUCAGUGGCAUCUAGAUGUGAGGUUGCAGAUUACAGCCAAGUGAAUACCCAGCACCGCCCCCUUCCAAGCCUGUAGGAGAACCUAUUGUGGCAAAAAACUCACAAUAAACAUGAAACGCCCUUUCUAGAGCCAGAGUUUGGUUUGUCCGUUCUGGGCUACUGUAGAAACAUGGCAGUGCAGCAUGGUGGGCUCUGUGGAAGGGGGUCCACUUUCUAUGUAAAUAUAAAGGGCUCAUUCUAAUGUUAUGGAAACACAAUUCUUAUUUUCAGGUGAUUAAAGAUUAAUUUAAACAUAUUUCUGCCAAGUCCGUUCCGCUAGAUGCCACUAAAUUCUACACACUGCACCUUUUAAAGGACAAGGCUGAUGAUUUUCUUUAUUUUUCUUAUUGUCAACAAUUCUCGUGUACCUAGCUAAAUCAGCAAUGAACAGAUCUACUAACAAGUAUUAUGUGUGUAGCCAAAGCCUGAUUUAUUGUAUUCCUCCAUGCCAUGGACCUCCACUGUUGUCCAAAACCUAUUAAAAACACUGCUAGAUAGCAUGUUUCUUUACCUCGGAGAGUACAGCAACAGUAGCUUAUUUAGAAACAGCUCCAAAUAGUAGUAAUAGCAAUCAGGUUUUCAGUCUCCAGAGAGUAGCUCUGUGUACAGCAGACGCCAUUGCUUCACAGUGUUACAUUAUACAUUUCUAAAAGAACUUCAGUAUAAAGUCAAGAGGUUGCUAGCUUGUGUAGUACAACAAGCUAGCAAAGUUCUGUUAACUGAACCAUAUUGAUGUGCAUACUCAGUAGUGUCUGCUGCACACAGAACUACUCUCUGCAGACUAAUCGCUGUUAUUAGUCUUUGAAGCCAUUUCUAAUUAAAUUACAGUAAUCACCCUCUUUGGGUUGAAGGAACAUAUCACCCAGUGCAGUGUGGGUCAUUAAUGUGUCAUUAUUAGUUUUUGGACAACAAUGGAGGUCUAUGGCACAGAGGAAUACAAUAUCAAUAUAACAUCAGGCUUUCGAUACACACACAAUACUUGUUAGUAGAUCAGUUCACUGGCUCUGCAUGAGUCGACAUUUGUUGACAAUAAGAAAAAUAUAGAAAAUCACCAUCAUAAAGAACCAACCAGUCUGAGAAGAAAGAUGGAUGAUUUUUGUAUGCGAAUAUUAUUUUGAGAGCUAAAUAUCACCGUAUUUCAGGUCAACGAUGAUAGUGAAUGACUUUUUUUGUUACCUCGUCUCUCAUCAAGUUGUUUGUCUUGUUUUUCAUUACAUAUUUUUGAAGGGUAUAAAAGCACUCUAGUGUGAAAGAACAAACCAUGGCCUCACUCCACAAUCUCUACAUUCAACACUUCUGCGUCCUUCCUGACUUUCACUGUUGUUACCAUUUUCAUUUCUCUCUGCUGGGUCUUCCAGGAGCAAUGGGUCUAUCAUCACUCACUGUAAUAUACUGUGAUGAUCGAAAUUUAAAUUGUCUCUGAAGGUUACCACUCAUUUAUUGAUGCAAAUAGAUGAUUAUUUUAAGUGAGAGUUUUAAGUUCGGGUAACAUUUUAUUUACACGGUUUACAGCUAAAACCUUCCACUGUUGUACUUUCAAAUGUCAAGAUGCCUUCUGUGUUUUCUACUGUCAAAGAAAUCCUAAAAUGUAGUUCCAUGGCCUGUUUCACCCGAUUGCAAUCAAGGACUUUGUGCUCGUGUGUGUGCGUGUGUGCAUGUGCGUGCAUGUGUGUAAAUGUGUGUGGGCGCAAAGUUUAAUUUGAUUAAAUGACCUGACCUAAAAGAAAA